UACGUUUGUACAGCCACGUCGUGAAGCCGGCCGGCUUACCGACCCAAUGCCGCCAGUCGUGCACAAGACUCCGACGCGUGAACGCGCACAGAAUCCCGAACUUAUCGCGAUACGUUAGAAACAAAUAAUCAAAUUUCGAACGGUUUUCUUUUUCAUGAAAACAUUCGUGUUAAUUUACUCAAGUGCUGUUACGUGAGUUGUUACAGUUUUUCUCUCCAGUUAACUCAGGUUUUCCAGUCGAGUUCAUUCAGUUACAACACAAAAUGUCUUGAUUACUGAAUUAGUGUUAUAGAGUGAAAAUAUGAAUUGUGAGUGCGAACAGCUGAGUGUCGGUGUCAGUUUGUAGGGUCAAGUGAACGUUGAAAUAUGGCAGAUUCCGAGAGAAGACGAUUGGCUGCAACAGCCGCCAUCUUACUGAUUGUCUUCUGGUCUCAAUGCCGAGGCGUGGAGGCGCAGAGAAAUAGCACAAAGAUGUCGUACGUGUGUCCGCCUUCUUUUAUCCGGCUCGGACACAGCUGCUAUUUCUUCAGUGAUACUGAAGCCACGUGGCAGAAAGCGCUCUUCGCCUGCAAGGAUCGAGAUAGCAAUCUUACAGUGCCAGCUCGUUGGGAGGAUAAGAAUCUUCGAAACUACCUUAACAAAAAAUCGAUCAAGAAAUAUAGUCGUUGGAUCGGAGGAAUAUACGACUCUGGCGAUAAGGAAUGGAAAUGGGGCGGCGAGCUUCGGAAGAUGCACUACCAGUCCUUCUCAAAAAUGAAAAAGAUGUCACCCCAGGAGCUGCAGUGGCACUGCAUCGCUAUGAUCCCCGAAAUGCAGUACAGAUGGGCGCCACGUCUCUGCAUAGAGCCUCGCCACUACAUCUGCAAAACGAAACUCCUCAAAAUGCCCAAAUCCAAAGUGAAGGACAUCCGCCGCCGCUGGCAGAGAAUGGGCAAGAUCAACGAAAUCGCGGCCCAGAGCGUCAGCCGCGAGGUCAACGACCCUAUGAUGGUUAAUGAUAUGAGGGUUAACCCAGUUGUGAGCCCCAAGUCGUAUGACUUGCAACCGACCAACGGUAGGAACGGACCGAAACGCAAUAGGAACAGAAUCAACUCGACGCGCAAAUCGAAAUCAAAUGGUCACGGAAUCAAUGAGCUGCGGAGGAGGCGACCCGUCCGGAGACGGCUCAAGAGACCAUUCCCAGGUUACACGUGGAACAGACACGACCCCGAGGGCUCGUACCAGCGCAACGCCAUGCUGCUUCGCUCCGGGCGCACGGGACUGAGCCCGCAGCAGAUCAACACGCAUCUAGCGCGCCUCGAGCACCUCCGCAACAAGCAGCUAGCGCGCGCCGCCCGCCGCCGCCGCCUGCAAGCGCACGCCGACGACUGGCUCGUCAACAAGCCGCCGCUGGCGCAAGCGCACGCGCGCACUUACACCGUGAACAACAACAUCAGCGCUCUGCACCCCAAGACCAUCGUGGAAGAGUUCGACAUGCUGCUCCCGCCGGAGACCGCCCCCGCGCCUCAUACCCCCGCGACCCCCUGAUUCCUAGUAGACAUAAGCUUUUAUUUCCCGCUCGCUUUAACGAUUACGCAACCUUACCUUAACACGUCCGCGACGUUUCUCACUCUCUCUCUCUUCGAGUGACACAAACUCUUUACGUGUUAAGAUCUACUGUGUUCUUCUUCUCUUCGCUAUACAGAGUUGGCAGAACGUGACGAAAGUGUGAUGUGACGUUUUGUUUGUUUGUUUGUUUUUUUACAGUCAAAUAAUCACAUAAAAUAAUUUCAUCCGCUAAGCAUCUCGUCAUUCUCGUCCCGUGUCCGUUGAGUUUCGCGAAAUUUUAAGCCCACGUCACACGAUUGUGUUAGAAUCGCGAGUCUCAGUCGCCUUGCUAUGAGUGUCUAUACAUUUGUCUAUAUUCGUUUUUCUAUAACUUACAAGCUUAUGAUCCAGUGAGAGUUUUACUAGGAUUAUUUAGGUUUAGUUACCACUUUAAUAUUAUGUUCAAUGCAUACUUUUUGAUUGAUUAAAACUAUUAAAACAAAUCUGAGAUACGACGGCAAUCGGUUUCAAUCUUCAUUUAAUAAAAAAUGCAAUGAAUAUUUUAUAAAAAAGCCAUAUUUUAUUUAAGUACAUCUGUUUUGCUGCUCCUGUGAACAGAAUCAUCGAACAUGUCUUUUUAUUGUUAAUUAAAUAUUUAUUUCCGUAGUGCGUCGCUCUCAGUGUCUAAUUAUAAAAAAAACUAGUCAGUAAGAUUAUUAUGAAAAUAUAUCAUUGAAAAUAUAUUAUUCACUAAAUUUUUACUAAUAAAUAAAAAUUAUAUAAUAAUAUAAUCACGAUUCUAAUUACACAUAUUUUUUUGGAUUUUAACUACACGUUCUUAUUUUGUAAUGGAGUAUUCUAGAAUGUUCUAAAACUUUGUAUAAAAAUUUACAAAAACAAACAAUUUUAUAAAUUUGUCGUACGUAAAAAUUGGCAUUUUAAAUUUAUUUAAGAUUAAUAAAUACUACGUAAGCUUCGUUCCAAUUUUUUUUUAUAUUUAGUUUGACUCUAAUAUUUAUAAUAUAUUAAAGAAAUAUAUCAACUGCCAAUACAAAUAGUCCUCGCAUUUAUGAGUUUCGUAUAAGCGUCAAGAGAUUCUACAUUAAGAACUUAGGCGAAGACUACACGGUCAAUCAAUAGCGUCAUCGGCGGAUACAAUGACGGGCGACUAACUUAAGCUGAACUUAAACUGUAACUUUGCACAACUUAGCACAAUUACUGCUUAGUUUACUAUGGCGAAACUGUGAGUGCAACAAAACUUAACACAAGGUCGAUGUUCAAACAUUGAUCCGAAAAAAAAAAACAUUCUGAGCCAUAUUUGGUUACUGAUGAGUGCAAAACUCGUGUGAACUGUGUCUCACACUGAAAAUAUUUGAGCUUAAGCAGUCGUUGCGAUCAAUGCGAUAUUUAUUGAACGUGUAGCCUCCCCUUUAGCAAUACUUGUACGUGUGUAUCUUUAAAAUAAAUCAUUAAAAUAAAUCAGUCAAUCUCUUUAUUUAAUGUUAUUUAGGUUCGAUUGCUUUGAAAUACAUAUUAUAUACUUUUUUUAUUAUAUAAUUUUGAAAUCUUAACGUUAUGGGCAUGAGAAUAUUCAAAUAAAUAAAAUAAUCGGAUACACAAUUUAAAAAAAAAAGCCGGCAUAAGGAAAUUGAAAUGUUUGCUUCAUUUUAAUUUCCACAAAAAUUGUAAUUCUUAUAUUUGCAAUAGAGACAUAAACCUCAAAUUGCCGUUGCAGCAUUUAAGCCUACAGGCUUCGACAACCACUUAACACCAGGUGGGCAGAAAGCUCGUCCACCCUUCUAAGCAAAAAAUAAAUAAAUACACUCUAAAACAACCGUAAUGUGUUAAAUAUGUCUCAUGCCUCUAACCUUAACUAAUUAAAAUUAGAACAUCAUUAAAAAAAAACAUUUAGUAAUAAAAUUUAGAUUUCAAACGGACUAGUCUUAAUAAAUUCUUUACACCGUAUCAUAGAUAUUCGUAUUAUAAUAAUAUUUCGAUUUAAGUCAAAUUGGAAACAUUUAACCCUAAAUUAACAUUAACAUAUUUUUCUUAGGACACUUUUCGUUUUGUAUUUUAAGUAUUAAUAUUGUACUUGAUUGUAAUUUAUAAGCAAAAUAAACAUGUUUUUGAGCAAA